AACAAGGGCGUUUUCGUCGUUUCAACCUGCCAUCCCCUUAUUACAAACCCGAAUUCGCAAUCUCCAAGCAAAAUCAACAAAUGGCGGAAGUAACCUUCCUUUGCCUCCACGACCUCGAAGACGACCCUCACCAAACCCUUGCCCUCGACCACUCCGUUCCCUACUGGUCCCACUCCGACUUCGACCUCUACGCCUCCGAUCUGGAGUUCCCGCCGUCGGAUCUCAAUCUCCACUCGCAGAUCUCCGCCGUCCACGGCGACGCCGACGAUGACGACGUUGAUGGUCUCUUCUCCCACCACGAGUCCUCAGACGCUCACGCCCGGUCCCUUGGCUCGCCCGCGGCCACCGACAUCGUGGAGGACCGCGAGAACCAGGUGAAUUUCGUCAUGGAUCUGUUCCAGCAGCGCGUCGAGCAGUCCCAGGUCAUGGGAGGUCGGAGUGAUUUGGUCUCGGAGGCGCUCGGGGACUCGAGUUUCGGCGUGAUCGAGGGGAAUUGCGAUGGCGUCGACCUCGAUUUAGGGUUCGGGUUGGAUUUUGGGAUCGAGAGGCAUUGCGUGGAUGUAGAUGGGGAAGAUGAUUUCUUCAUCGCGAGGAGGGUUUGCGGUUCCGAAUCCGGCGAAGCUUCGACCUUGACGAAUUGUAUUAGGCUUGUAGGGUUUGGUUCCGAUUCCGAUGAGGAAGAUAAUGGGAUUAUUGGUAUUGAUUUGAAUUCUGAGGAUGUUUAUGGUUUGGACAAUUCAAACGAGCACGACAACGAUAAUGAUGAUGAUAUAAGCAUUCCUCUUUGCUGGGAUUCGCUUCAAUUGGAGGAUCAUAGAGAGACAAUUGAGGAUUUUGGGUGGGAAGAAGUGGACGGUCGUAUUGAGGAGAGAGAGAUUCUGAGCACGUUGUCGUCCAUGGAAGCCGAAAACGAGGGUUCUGUUUCUGUCUCUGUCUCUCGUUUGUUUUCCCGUGAAGAGGAGGAUGAAGAAGUUAGUGUUGACAGAGAAGGAGGUUUCGGGAAUUUGGACUGGGAAGUUCUGUUGAACAAUAAUAAUUUGGAUGCAAACCCGGAAGCUGAGCCUUAUCUUGGUGAGCAUGAUUACAUUUACCCCGCGGAGUAUGACAUGUUGUUUGGGCAGUUUACGGAGAAUGAGGUCGACUUGAUGGGCCGCCCUCCGGCGUCAAAAACCGUCGUCGAGAAUCUACCUUCGGUGGUUUUGACCCAGGAGGAUGUGGAGAACAACAAUGCACUUUGUGCUGUUUGUAAAGAUGAGAUGGGUGUUGGAGAGAAAGCAAAGCAGCUUCCUUGUUCGCAUCGUUAUCAUGGGGACUGCAUCAUGCCGUGGCUGGGGAUUCGGAAUACUUGCCCCGUUUGCCGUCAUGAGUUGCCCACUGAUGAUGCUGAUUACGAGCGUAGGAGAACACACAGGGCCGUCCGUGGCCGCUGAUUCGGCUCGAAGUUACGCCGGCAUUGCUAAUGGUUCGAUGAGAUGGUCCCGUUCCUAAUGGAGAUAGCGUUGUUAUGUUGUGAAGUUCAAUAAUCGCCUUGACCACUUUCGCAGAGAUAAUACGCAGGCCGGCCUUUACGAUGGUAAGGUUUUCAGGGGGCAUGGAUGUAGGGGCAGAGCCCUCAAACCAAAAUUUAAUUAAGGGUACUUUUAGGGAUUCCACUCUUGUAAUUUUAGCUGCCCUAAUUUUUAUUACAUAAAGGGGCCAAUUUCAGGGUUAAUUUGAGAGGUUAG